AUGCCCUUAUGGGGAUCUUUCCCCAAACGGGGCCGUGGAUCUAACUCGGGGCCCCUCCCAAAGGUAGAAAAGACAGUCCAAAGUACAAAAACGACAGCUCCAAGCACUGCGAAGACAGUUCAAAAACAAGGAGCAGUCCUCAGAGUCGCAGGCACCCCCCCCCCCCCCCCAGCCGAAACAACCGAAGAUUGGGAUAAUAUCCUUCGCAUUUUGAAGAGUUCGUUCUCAGAGGCGCUUUCAGGGGAAACGUUCGACAUCAAGGCAACACUUAGUCAAUCCUGUUAUGAUAAUACUCGCACUGCUCUGGUCAGUUCUACGCCACCAGCGCCCCCUGAGCUGAACGGACUGGCCAACGGUGGCACUCUUGAAAUCCCUUACAACGGUACCCGCAAGGCUUUAAUCAUAGAUAAGGAUUUUUACGGUCUUACUCAGCUCUAUCAGACCAAUGGCAAAGUACAAGCAGAGUAG